GAUUUCAUUUCUUCCAACAAAUUCUUCCUUUCAAUUUAGAGAUUGCGAAAAAUUGAAGAAAAAAAGUAGAAAAUUUGUAAAUGUAUCAUUAUUAUCUCUGUGUGAACGCCUCUUAAUGUAAUCGCGCCUGCGCAAUUGCGAGCGGUUUCAGUUGACUCGUCUCUCUGGAGUUACCACGUGUUGAAAACCGCGAUCGUUCUACUAACCGCAGUAUCACGUUAGUCGUGUCAACGAGUAUUAUUAGUUCGUCUAUUAAUUAUUUCGAUAGCUUUUUUCGAACUUUCGAUUUUCAGUUGAUUAAAAACUGCUCUUGUUUUGUAUAUUUUUCAAACGAAUAAAUGACUUUGUGAACACGUAGAACGAUUACAGAUGGAAAUAAGCAUGGACGUUUUAUGGAAUAAAAAAUUUUGUUAUAACAACAGUUACAGUGGAUUGGAAAAAUGUCUGCUACUCAUAUCCAAAUGGUGAAGUGGACUUUUCCAGCUUUUGCCCUUAUAAUUGGUCUAUUAUGGUACAAACGACGUCGAGCAGACAGAGUUGAUCCAGGUGGAAUUAAUAAACCAGAUCGCAACGAGAAAAAUAUCGUCAAUCACAAAAAAGAAAUUACUUUAUCAAAUUCUAACUUAAGUUUUUACGAUUCUGGCAUACAAACUGACGAAUCCUUUUCACAAAGCUCUUCCAAUAAUCAACCAUCAGAAGAAAUCAUUUGUAGUCCUAGAAAAAGAAGCGAAAGUUUAGAUAUUCCACAAAGAAAAAGUGGUUCACAAAGUAUUUCUGUACAUUCUAGAACUCCUCCUAAAAACGAUCAGGAAUGGUAUAGUUUUGUGGAUUCCUCGUCGAAAAUGGAAAUAGAACUAGGUUGUAAUCCAAAAAUAAGCAAUUUUGAUAUGGUUGCAAAAAGUAUAAGUACAUCCUCUUUAGAAAAUACUGAUGAUUCUGGAAAUAAAAUGUUAAAAAUAUUUGAAAAUGUUAUUGAAGAGGAAGAGCAAAAAUUAUCUUCUGAAAAUAAAUCAAUAGAAUGUCAGUACAAACGAAUAGAUACAAACGAAGAAAAUGAUAUAAAUAAUGAAUGCAAUUAUCUUCCAAGUAAAGAACCAUCUGUUUCUACUCCAUCAAAAGAUAAUUCUAAAACUCCAACACAAGCAUUAUCUGAAAGGGAUUCUGCUAAUCAUAGUCCAGUUUCUGGUGUUUUAGAAGGUAGUGUCACAGAUGAAGCCAGAAGUGAAGGAAGCACAGACAGUGGGAAAGGAGGAAGUAUCAAAGGUCAUACAAAAGACAAUGUAAUUGCAGUAACAUAUGAGUUUUCUAUCCCACAAAAUUUAGUUGGAAGAUUAAUUGGUCGUCAUGGAAGUUUUUUGCAAAAUAUUCGACACAAAGCUGAAGUACAUAUAGUCGUUAAACGUCAUCCUGUAUGGAGAGAUCAAAAAAUUUGUGCCAUAGAGGGUUCUGCGGAAGGAAUUAACAUCGCCCUCGAUAUGAUACGACAAAAAUUUCCUGAGAAGAAAUAUCCUCAUGUGACUCUUGAACAGAUUUUACCAUUAAAAAUUCCAGAAGAGAUUCCUUGGAUUACUGAGUUAAUGCAAUUAUCAUUAGUAGAGGGAAUGAACAAUGAUGUUGUUAUAUGUCACAUAGUGAAACCUAAUCAAUUCUUUGUUCAACUUCCUACUCAUCCUACAUACCCAUCUUUGAGAAUUUUAGACGAAAAUAUGACACAGUUAUAUGAGACAACAGAAUCGCCGCCAGCUCCAGAUGAACUUAGUAAAGGUAUGAUCUUAGUUGCAAAAUGGUAUAAUAGGUGGGUUAGAGUAUAUAUUGAACAACCAGAUCCUCAUGGAGAACAGCAUUUAGUACGAUUAGUUGACCAUGGAGGUUAUUGGGUUUUUAGUAAUACUGAAAUGAGAAAAAUUAGGUCAGAUUACCUCUCAUUACCAUUUCAAGCAAUUGAAAUAUUUUUAGCUAAUGUUCAACCAAAGGAUGGUGAAUGGAAUCAAGAGGCUUAUAAUGUAGUUGCUCACGUAUGUUGUGGGAUUGUCGGUCAAGCUCAAAUAGUAGGUUACAUCAAUACAAACACAUAUGUUAAUCUUUAUCUUAAUAUUCAUAAACACGGAGUGAUAUCUCUUGCUGAUGAAUUAGUAGCUCGUGGUUUUGCGGAAUCUAUACCAUUAGAAAAUAUAGUUCCAGAAGAAGUAUCAGUUUCUUAAGGUAUGCAUUAGAAUAGUCCAUAAUAAAUGUAUUAUAAAAAAAUCGUGCGGUGAUAAUACGUGAUGAUAUAAAUUUUUUAGUCACUAAUUACAUAUGUAAUUCGAAUUGAUUCUCAUACUCGGAGUUUAAUAUUUCAUAAUAUUUUCACAGUUUAAGGAAAAAUUCCAACAAAAAAUUCUUCCCAAUAUUAAUUUGAAAGUUUUUAUUACUAGAGUAGUUUUUCAUAUUCUAUUUGAUAUGCUCAGUUUCAUAUUUAUUACAUUUAGAUUGAGUUAUGACAUAAUAGCAUUUUCAAUACAUUAAGUAUCAAUGGACAUAUAUAAUGAAUUAUAUUUCACGAGCAUUUAUAAAUACUCCUCGUGUAUGAUUUAUGAUAAGUACAAAUAUGAACUAUUAUAUUUAGAAUGUGGCAUUUUUACGUGCAUAGUUAAAGAUUUUUUAAUAUUGUUUCUUAUACUAAUAAAUGAAGAAAAUUUAGAUGAAGUUAAUAGACAGUAGAAUGUAAUUAAGCUAAAGAAAAUACUUUUCUUUACGUACUUAUAUAUAUAUAUAUAUAUACUAUCGAAAUGCGCGAUAGAUUUAUUAAACCUCAAAUGUAUGAUACACGUAUGAAACGCCACAUUCUAGCGGCAAAAAUUGAAUAAUGAAGAUUUAAUACGAUAUUCAAGUAAUUUGUAACGUAAAAACAGCUAUUUUACAAUGUGAUAGUAUAAUAUACAUUUUUUGUAAGCUGUAUUAAAAAAGAGUUUAAAUUUUUCACGAAUUGCGAAAGUCACAUGGUAUGGUCCAUGAUACUUUUAUAACUAAAACUUCAGUUAUUAUUUUUUCUUUUUCUCUGAUUUUUUUCUCUCUUACAUUGCAAUGCAAUAGACGUGAGACAAGUCUUACAGAUGAUACUGUGACGGCUUCGAUAAUUAAUUAUAGAAACCUAAACAGUUAACUUUAAAUUCGAAUUUCGAAUAAACGCAAGAACAAGUAAAACUCUGAGGCUGUUAAUAGAAAAAAUGCAACUAUGUGUUAUGUUUCACAUUAUUUAGUUCUCAAUUUCUAAGCAGAUUUUGAUCAUACUUUUGUAAAUAGUGUAACAUUAUUACUCCGUUUAUAAAAUAUUUAUAUAAUACAUCUUAUAAUGAUUAUAUAAUAAAAAAGGAAAAAAUAAUGAUUAAAUGCUAAUUCUAUACAGUGAUAAAUAUGACAAAAUAUAAAGAUAAUAAAAAUUUAUAUAUUUUAUACUUCUCAAACAUUAAUAAAGAAAUGUGAUUUGCAUUGUAAUUAAACUGGACGAAUCGGGAAAUUCGCUUCUCCAUGUGACUUGUAUUACUUAUUACAGGUCAAGUUUGUUUAUCCUAACAUCAUUUUUAAUAAAUAUUAAGCUAUGAAAGACUUAUUUUUUCUAAAAUCAUAUCGGAUCGUUAUAUAGAUUCUAUAUUAUUUUUUUUCUUUUUUUAUUUGUAUUUGAUAUUGAAAGAAUCACGAAAGGCGGUGAUAUCUUUAAGUAAUUGGGAUUAUAAUCUCAAAUUAAAAACUUAAUUAUCGAUAUUUUCUAUAUUUUUAAUAUUAGAGGCUUAUCGUAUAAUUUAUAUUAUGUUAAACAAAUAUUAACAAAAAUUACAAAAGUAUUUGUCCAUAUACAUAUAUAAUAUGGAAAACAUUUUCUACAAUUUUUUUUAUAAUAUUAAUUUCUUCCUAUGGAAUAUUUGCUUUCGAUUAUUACGGCAGAUAAACUGUUUACUUCUUUAAUCCCGCUAAAUAUUUCUUAAAAAUGUUCAUGUCAUUUUAAAUAUAUACUGCUAUGUAAGCAGAUUGUGAAAAGACUGAUAGUCUUUUCCAUAGAUUUCAUAAUAUAUUCUUUAUAAUAUAAUGUAAUCAUAAAAUGCUCUGCGGUUUACUUUCGAGUAUUUUCAAAACUCGCAGUCAUAUUUGUUAUGCAUAGAAAUAAAAUAUCAUAAGCGUGAUAUAAAAAUGUAAAAAAAAAAAUUGCAAAAAAAAAAAUGAUUUGUAACUUUACAGCUGACAAACACAGUUUAAAACUGUUACAUGUUAAUAUUUACAGUUUAUUGAUACGUAAAAACGAUAGAAAUAUUUGUAUAGGGAUAUACAUAUUAUAGGAUCCAGUUAUUAAGCCGUUCAUUAUUCAAUUAUAUGUGCUUCAAUGUAUCACCGUCAUGAACGAAUUUUCUCAAUCAUUGAAAUGUUUUUAUGCCAUGGUUAGUACAGUUAAUUCCAAUUAUAUGUAUCGCAACGAAAUUGUAACAUGAAGAUUUUAUUACUCUUCAGUACGUCUUUCCAAACAGAAGAAGUACAAGUAAUAAGAUUUCGUUACGUUAAUGUCUUAAAUUCUAAGUACAUUUACGUUGCGUACAUGUACAUAGUAUGUAUACAUGAUUAUGACAGCAUCCGAUUAUUCGUAUUCAAUUUCAUUUAUCAUUAUUAAUUAAAUUAAGCUCAUUUUGUAUAUAUCUCAAUGUAAUUUUCAGCGAUUUCAUUAAAUUUACAUCAUUUUAAUUA